AUGUCUUCUCCUACGCUCAAGCCGGCCGACCCGGUUUUCAAGCCCUUCCAACCUCCUUCAGGAGGAGACCUGACUCUCCGUUCUAGUGAUGGAAUUGAAUUCAGAGUCCAUUCCCUACUCUUGCACAUAGCCUCAACGGUUUUUAGCGAUAUGUUUCAGGUCGGAACCAACAAUCACCAAGUAGUUGAUCUCGCCGAAGACUCUCAGACCAUUGGUCUGAUGCUAGAACACAUAUACCCCGUUAAAUCCCCUGUUAUUGACACGUUUGACAAACUUGAAAUGUGCCUUACUGUCGCUCGAAAAUACGACAUUAAAGGCAUGAUGGGGAACCUCGACGCUGAAUUACGCUGUGGGGCCAAAAGCGAGCUGGUCGCGGGAGAUCCAUUGCGCGCCUGUGUAUUGGCAGACUCCUUCGAUCUGUCAGAGGCUGGUAAAGUCCUGGCCCGACUUGUGGACUGGAAGACUCAACUGCUAACUCCGGAGGCUUUGACACGACUGAAGACGUUGUCUCCUCGAUCGGAGCUUUCCGUUCGACUGGUUGGCACCCAGGCUGCCCGUGCGAAUAUCCUAUCGGAAAUCUUGUUUGGUUUUACUCAGUAUCCUAUGAACCCAUCAACCAGUCCAGCUCGCUCAAUCCCAAUCUGUCAAAAUUGUGACAAGAUUCGAUCUAGCACAGUCGUUUUUGUUCCUUCUUGGAUGGUCCACUGGUCGCAUUCAGUCUACAAGAUCCUGGUUACACACGAUUUCAAGGAUCUUCCCCCUAGUUGUAACUUUCUUGACCCGGAGCUCUUGCCUCGACUUGCUCAGCAACCUAAAGUGAAUGCGUCGAUGGUAUGCGCCAAAUGUGUUGGCGCCGCAAAGGCAAGCGAAGAGUAUGUUAUAUGGGUAUCGCGCGUUCGGGACGUGAUCGAUAGCCGUCUGAGGAAUCUGGAUCAUUUGUAUGAACGCCCGUGA